AUGGCGGAUCAUUUCACCAUUAACUCUGCAUCCACGUCUACUUUUGGAAAAGAACAGAAUUCCCUGUUGAGGCUGAACGGUCCGCAUAAGGUCACAUAUCAAGCCAAAUCUGGCUGGGACUACUACGUCGAUGUUACGCAAAGACCAAUAAAUAUGGACUUGAUACUUCCACAUUAUCGUCCACGGCAUCAGCCAACCGACCAUCGUCUGAACAUGUUCGUUGGUACUGAGGCAGGUCCUGUAAAGAUCAAACUUUGUCGAAGCUUUGCUCGCUGCAAAUUCUAUCUAGAAGUGCAAGCCUCCAUGUCGGACGUGACCUUAUGGUUACCUUCAGACUUCAGGGGCCGAAUACAAUAUUCUGGGAAGGCCAAGUUUUCCUCUGGAUUCAUUAACAGAGUGAUGCAGAACGUCUAUUUCUCCGGUGACGAUGACACCGAUGCAACCAACGAAGAUUGCCUUGUCGUUGUUACAAACGGGAACAUCAUGUUCCGUAUGUGGGAUGUACAGACGUGUGCCCCGGAGAACACGCAAAAAGAGACAUUAAAACGAAUGUUUGGUUGUUCAAAAAAGGCCCCCGAAACGAGUAUUGACUGGGAUUUUCUUCUCGAGGAUUAA